AGGCCCGGUUGUACAAUCGAAGUUCAACUCCGGCUCAGCGCCAUUACCGAGUUCAGGGCAAGAAGUGCGUUGUACAUACAAAGUUUAAUUCUUGAACUCGGUUUAAGCCCGGGUUCAGCUGAGCGGCCGAUGUUCGACGGUUCAACGCUGGUUCAAGGAUUUUUAACCUCAGAUUUUUGUCAUUGUCAACGGAAAUCAUAAUAUUUACACCUUAAAAAUGAACUUCAUUGAAAAUUUAACUAAUAAUGAAGGAUUUCUGGAAAUGAUAAAUAUUGUAGAAGGAAGGAGAACACAGAAACAGUGUAAGGCUAGAGAAAAUCAUUUUGAAAAAUGGAAUGAUAAUGAAUUUUUGCAAAGAUUUUGGAAUGCUGGAAAUGCUUGGCAAAGAAAGUGCUGUUCAGUUCACUAUUUGCAUGAAACUAAUGCUCAUAGAAUAAAAAAUCGAACAGAUAGGUAAGAACGAAAACAAGUGGCAAAUUUGUUAUUGACAUUUCAAGAACCAUAGGCUGUAUCUUCUAAGAACAUGGUUUUUAUUGCCUUAAAUUAAGGUUUUGUGCAGUGAAGUGGACCCAUAUCACUGGUUUUAAGCAACAGGCUUCUUUUUGCAACUUAUGGAUGAUUUUGAAGCAAAUGUAGAAAAUGAUUUUGUUAAUUUAUUAAAUUAAAUGUACCUACCUACAUAAUUUAUUAAUAAAUCUAAAAUUAAUUAUAUUUGUACCAUGCUUAUUUAGGUACAUAUCACUUUAUUUAAUAAUGAUUACAAACUAAUUUACAUUCUAAAAUUAUUUAAAUACCCUACCUACUUCCCUAGAAUAAGGCAAAUAUUAACAUUUUUGAGUGAAUUUGAAAUCAUAGCUGUAAACAGUUAAAAAUAUUUAUGAGAAGGGAAUGUGAAGAUUGAAUUAGUAUCUUCGUUGGUGAUAGUGGUUACGGAGUCAAGAAAAACCUAAUAACACCCUUACGCAAUCCUUCAUCACAAGCUGAAAUUUUAUUUAAUGAGGCAAAAUGAGAAUGCAUAGACACAAUUGAAUGGGUCUACCGAAUAACAAUUGUUAAGUGCCAUGUGAUUCGUUUUUACGAAAUCGAACAAAAACUAGUAUAAUGAUAAAUUUAUACAUUUAAGGGUUAGUUAUUAAUACAGUUUGUAACUAACUGUACUGUAAACUGUAUUACUAAUCCUUUUUUUAAUGGCAUUGACUGUAUGUCAAUCAGCCAGUCAAAACAUGACUAAUUAAGAAGAAUAUACAUUCAAAGACCGUAAAGUUUAUAAAAUAUCAAUAACGAAGAAAAGUUAGUUCAGUUGAGAUGUAAUUUAAGUACUGAAAUUAAACAGAUGGUACUAAGCUGAAGUAAUUAAUUACUAAUCCUUAAAAUGUAUAAAUUUACCAUUAUUAUAAUUUUAACAGUUCUUGUUAGAUUUCUUAAAAACGAAUCACAUGGCACUUGUUAUUCGGCAGACACAUUGAAUUAUAAUUGGAACAUCAAUGUUACACAAUAUUACAAUGCAUUUUAAUAACCUUUUGCCCAUACUACAUGAAGAAGAGGAAGUAGCAAUGGCUUUAGCCAAAAAUUUAGAAAAUCUAACUGUCUAGAGAAUCAUGAGAAGUACAAUUUAUCAAACAUAGGAAGAGGUUGAAAAUCUUGUGCAUGAAUACUUUGUUAAUUUAAAAUUUAGAUAUUUAAACUAAUACUUAUAACAACUAUUAGAUAGGUAUUUAUAAAAAUAUCUUACUAUCUGCUACAAUCAAUGGCUUUGAUAAACUUCUCUAAAAUUUUGGGGGCUGGACAUGUAUUUCAUUUUAUUUUGUACAAUUUUGCUGUAUUGUUUGGCCACAGAUACCAAUAUUUCUUCUUGAGAGGUGAAAUUGGAAGGUAUUUUUGCGUCCAUUGUAGAAAAAAAUACUAACAAACAAUUUUUUACAAAAAGAAAAUAAACACAUUGCAAUAAUAUCCUAAUACUUAUAAUACCUAUUCAAAUGAUCUGUUCACAAAUUUAACGUAGGAAAUUGAUUAAACUAAUAAACUAAACGAUAAAAAAUACCAAUUAAACUAAUAAUACAGUAAUAAAAUAAUUAUAUUGACAAAAACCAAAUAGGUAAUAAUACAUAAAUGGCGGGAAAAUUUAUGUCGAAAAUUGAUGGGAAUUGCUUUGAAUACGCAUGCCUUACAUUGCCAACCUUACCAAAAUUUGUAUAAACCUCGGCUUAACUGAACUCGGCAUUGAACAACCCGAAUGAAGUUAAACCGACGCUCAAAAUUGAACCCGGUUCAACUAAGCGAUGGCUUAAGCCACCAAUGUACAAUCGGGCCUUAAAGAUACGAAGAAUAUACGACAACUCUCAAAAAGGUACGCAAAUCGGAUAAUUAUCCGCCGAUUGGCAACACUGGUAUGGAGGCUAUGUACCUAGCAUGGAGGCUAGAUUAUGGCACCCUUCCUAUCCAAUAUCCAAUCAACAACAAGAACGUUUAAAAUUUCACACCUAUCAUGUCGAAGCUACAGACCACUUAUGUGGAGGCCAGAUUUGUAGUAUCCUUCCAUUUAACCAGGUGCUGAGAUGGCGCUGAAAUACGUGACAUGUUUUUUAAAGAGAUCGCAUUCUACCAAAUCACACAACACACAACACUUUUUACUUUUUUCUAUGUUUUGUAACAUCCUUUAUCCUUUUUGUUUGUAUGUUUGAUUUUUGAUGUUUGUAUUUGUUGUAUGUUUCCAGUAUUUUUGUUCCAGUGAUAAGUAGUAUGAUUUAUUAACUAUGGAAAUGGAAUUUAAAAUUGAGUAACAGUUUGUUGAAUAUGACCAAAGAUAUAGAAAGUGAGUUGUCCAAAUCAACAGAUCUUGGAAACUUUAAGCAGGAACCAGAAGAUGAGUCAACUAUGGAAGUAAAAGAUGAAAUUAAGGAAGAGUCUGAAGAGGACCAAGGAUAUAUGGAAAGUCAACUAUCCAGGACCCUUGAUCUGGGAGACUUGAAGAAUGAACCAGAUAAAGAUAAUUUAGAUGUUUCCCAGAAGAAAUUAUCAGAAAUCGAAGUUAACAACACAUUAGCUGAACAUGCAUGUAAUAAAAAACAAGAAAUAAGUCUUAAUCCUGAUGACACAGCACUUACAAAUUAUAUUUCUUCUGAUGGCUUCCCUUACAAAAAUAAUUUCAAGGAACAUACGAAUGAUCAGACUGAAGGAAAGCUUCACAAAUGUGAAAUUUGUUUUAAGCAAGUUACUACAGCAACUGGUUUGAAAAGACAUUUAAGAGUGCACACUGGACAAACGCCUUAUCAGUGUGAAAUUUGUUUUAAAUUGUUCAAUCAAGCAAAUAAUUUGAAAACACAUUUCAGAUUACAUACUGGAGAAAAACCUUAUGAGUGUAAAAUUUGUUUUAAGCAGUUUAGUGAAAUGGACAAUUUGAAAACACAUUUAAGGAUACACACUGGAGAGAAGCCGUACACGUGUGACAUUUGUUUUAAGCAAUUUAAUCAAACGAGUCAUUUGAAAACACAUUUCAGAGUGCACACUGGAGAAAAGCCUUAUAAGUGUGAAAUUUGUUUUAAACGGUUUAGUCGAACAGAAGAUUUGAAAAUACAUUUAAGAGCGCGCACUGGAGAAAAGCCGUAAAAGUGUGAAAUUUGUUUAAAGAAGUUUACUACAAGAAGUCAAUUGAAAACACAUUUGAGAAUACACACUGGAGAAAAAACUUACAAGUGUGAAAUUUGUUUUAAGUAGUUUAGUGAAAUGGGCAAUUUGAAAACACAUUUAAGAGUACACACUGGAGAAAAGUCUUAAAAGUGUGAAAUUUGUUUUAAGCAGUUUACUCAAGCAGGUACUUUGAAAUGCCAUCUGAGAUCACACAACUAAAAAGGAUGUGAGAUUUGUUAUAGGUACUUUUCUCGAAAUUUCUGGUCUCAUGUUUGAGAAAUUAAUAUCUAACUUGAGUUGAACGUCUGAGCAAAGUAAGAAAUAUGGAUGUAAACAGAUGGACAGUUCGUCGACGACUUUUAAAGGGUAAUUUAUUAUCCAGACGGGUAGGACUAUCUUCACUACCUUCCACAAAAAUCGCAGAGCUCGCCUUGACUUUGCAAUAGAACUGAAGUGAUGCAGGUUGGAGCAAUGUAUUGAUCUCAGAUGAGUCCAGAUUUUGUCUGAGGUCACCAGAUGACCGAGAUAGGAUUUGGAAAAGAGAAGGAGAGCGAUGUUUUAAAUGCAAUAUUGCGAAAGAAUAAGUAGGGGGCACUCCCUUAUGAUUUUUGCUGGUAUAAGUUCAGAAGCCCAUACUGAUUUAGUUAUUGCGGAUAGAUGUUCUAUGUUCUGCAAGAUACAUAACAAGUAGUAUUUUAGAUCAGUAUGUGGUACCUGUUUCUCCUUUCAUUUAACCUUAUUUCAUUUUUAUGGACGACAACGCGCGUCCUCACCAUGCUGGAAUCGUCAACCAAUAUAUAGAGAAGGUGAGAAUUGUCCAUAGGAACUGGCAAGCUUGCUUGUUUUAAGCAGUUUAGUAUAAUAGGCGACUUUAAAAAACAUUUAAGAUUGUACACUUGAGAAAAGCCGUACAAAUGUGAAAUUUGUUUUAAGCAGUUUAGUGAAAUAAGAGUGCACACUGGAGAAAAGCCAUAAAAGUGUGAAAUUUGUUUUAAGGCCAUCGGUACAUAAUUCGCAAAUAUUUUACGGCUUUCCCUACUUUUUCUGUCUUUACACGGCAAAUUACUUGUAGUAAAAUUCACACUGGUAUGGAUAUGUAAACAUUACUAGAAUGUCAUUCUACUUGACAAUGUCAUCAUUAGCUUUAAAGAGAUGGCUUUUGAAUGUUAUUGAAUAACUGUUAUUUGUAUAAUUGAAAAUUAUUAAUUCAGUUAAUAAAUGUGAUAAUUUUUUCACUAACUAUGUAUUCAGUGAUUGUAAUAAUUUAUAUGUACAACAAAAACUAAUACUCAAUCGAGAAAAGAGGAAAAGUGUUAAAGUGAUUUUUUAAUAAUCUGUUGUUACUAUGGAACGCUUACAAUUUUAAACAUCUUUAACAUCAAAAUACUUAAAUCGCAUAAUAUAUCCUGAUGUAUUCUCUGCUUGGAUCUUCCAUAACUAAUAAACAAUAAAUAAUUUUUUAUUACGUU